AUGGAGACCACGGCACGCGUCCAUCAGUCGGCGAAAUCGCGACACCGUAGUUCGCGAGCUCGCCGCAGUGCAACGCCCCAACCACUCGAGCAGCUGGAGCAAUCGGAAGUACGCGGUACUGAUGAGCCCGGACAAGCCACGGAACAGGAGCUAGCGGUAGCUGGUGGACCUAAAUCUCGGCCAACAGCGGCUGUUCGGACCGUGGUACGUCGUCCUGACACUCCGGAGCACAGCGGUGGAAGCUCGACAACGAACGCGAGCAGCAGCGCCACAGGGACGUCCGUGCCCACACACCAUUACCAUUACAGCGCCAGUGGGGACAGUGGUCCAGGGCGGCCAUCGCAAACUCCUGGCAGUGGUUCGCCUGCCAUGGCCACAACGGAACUAGAUGGGCCAGCUCUUUGUGCCGAAGGUGGCACUGAAGUGGUCACGGUGGAUCUAGAGAGUGGACUGGCAAGUCUCAGCACGGUUGUGGGUCCCGUACAGGACGAUAAACUACAGAAGGGUAUCCUCGGCUAUAUGGACCGGCAGCUGAAGGUACAGUCCCUGUCGGACCCACAGAAAAGCCCUGCCCAGCGAAGUACACGCAGCCGAAGCAGCCUCGAGAAGAGUCCGCGCCGGAAGCGGAGCAAAUCGGAAUCUCGUCGCCGCCGGGAGCGGAAGAUCCUGGCCGCGGGUGAGAUGGAAGUGCGACAGGCAAACGAGACGCUGAUGCGGUAUCUAAAGCAGUGUUCGGACUUCAACGAUGCGUCCCUAUCCGGGGAUUUGGAGAUUCCGGAACACUUGGAGGACCGCCGGGUGCACCGGAAAACGAAGUCCCAGCGAGAGCGCAAGCUUCACCAGCUUCAACCGGACCGGCCGGGUGGCCGGGGACAUGCUGACGAUCUAUUAGGAUACCAUGGAGAGAUCUACAACCCUUUCACACCGGUCGUGUCACCGACGACGGAAGCCGCCGCGACACGGAUCGAUAAGAUGUACAUACAGACUGCUAGCGGCUACCGGCCAGUAGACAACUCAUACUCAUACCACAAAUCACGGGCACUGAUCGGUGGAGAUCCGGAAGGCAAUAGUCAUACAAUAAGUACCUCGGUGCAUCUUUCGUGUGCGGUACAGCGAGUGUGGCAUCUAUUGUCGACCAUUUGCCACGGACUCCUUGGAGGGUUGGCUUUCGCCCAUCUUCUUCUGAUCUGUACGACCAAACCGUACGACUGGGUGGACGCCUCGAUUCGCCAUUACUCAGCGUUCGCUGAGGUGUACGCCAACACGUUCUACUGCCUGGCCAUCGUUUGUAUGGUUUCAAUAUUCGAUCGCAUGGACAUCGCGUACGGGGGUGACUCGAAUAUUUCCUUCCGCUCGAUCUUCAUCAUCAUGAUUUACGUGAUGACAAUCAUUUUGAGUUUAUCGGCUGGAUCGAUGGAUGAACGGUUAUACCUUACACCAACGCUAAAUGUUACCGUCUGGGAAGAGGAACUGGAAACGAACAAGGUGUUGAGCAUCUGGAAUGCGCUAUCGAUAGCACGGAGUGUCGGUGCUAUCUUCGGGUGGUUGGUGGUCGGCUUCCUUCCCAAUCAGAAUAACCUGUACGAUCAACUUCUCGAGAUGGAAAAGUAUCAACUGCAGUGAGGAUCUUACAGGCAAUGAGAACGAACGUAUUAUAAUCGAAAUGUACAUACUACGCCUGUAGUGCGAUAUACAGCUAGUGAUACAAACAGUACUAUAGAGUAUUAUUGAACAAUAAUCGCGCUUACGUCGCUGUGAAGCAGGAUCGUUUACUUUUGUUUAUCAAUCAAUGGAAGCAGAAGGCGUCUAGUUAUCACUACGCAACGUGUAGAGCAAACCCAGGGCAGGGGAUUCAGAGUUACAAACUGAGUGUGCAGUACGCAGAGGUUGUGGUAUCUUUAUGGACUAAACACUAAGUAUGGGAAGGAUGGCAAGGACGCACGUGCGAUAUCGACAAUUAUGACAACUGGAAAGGACUGAUAAUAACUGUAUUGUAAUCAAAUGAUAGCAAUUAUGAGAGUGCAUGAAUCACGUCGUAGAAGAAUUUAUGUGCACACGCAUAGAAUGUUUCAAGGCGAUGAGGAGUGGCAUGGUUG